AUGAUGGACGAGGAAGACGAGGAUGGAGUGGACAAUGAGGUUGACUCAGAUGAAUCCGGUGGAUCCGAUACUUCAGAUGAUAACGAAGAGGCGGAUCCGAUCCCGUCUUCUUGGAACCAUGAUUUGUCGGAGGCAAUGAUAGUCGAUGAUCGGCAUGAUUCUGCCUGGGAGUACAGCAUGAACACCAUCUCAGUUGGUGCUAGAUAUGCUGACAAGAGACAUCUGCAGGAAGCAAUCACUCAGUGGGCAAUGAACACACAAAGGGUAUUCAGAACCACCGUUUCAAGUCAGAAAUUCUUGACAGUGGUCUGCAGCGAUGCUAGAUGUCCAUCAAGGGUGCAUGGGUACUGUCCGAAGUAUGACACAACAUGGGUGGUGAGCGACUUCGUGCCGCACACAUGUGUCCUUACGAGUAUGUUGAAGGAUCACCGAAACCUUACAUCCACUCUUAUUGCUCGCCUGUUCUACAAGGAGAUUGUAGAGAAUACAGCAAUGGGGGUUAAAGCCAUCCAGAAUAGAGUUCACCUUCAAUAUAAGUAUGUAAUUGAAUAUGGCAAGGCAUGGAGGGCUAAACAGACGGCACUGGAGAACAGAUUCGGGACCUUCUAUGAUGCUUAUGACGGUGUCGUCCGUCUCCUGCACACAUUGAAGGACCGGAAUCCGGGCACCCAUGUGGACAUACAAGACUUUGUGAUACCAGAGUUCCCUAAUGUCAGGGUUCUGCAGAGGGUGUUUUUCGCAUUCAGCAUAUGCAUCGAGGCUUUCAUGCACUGUCGUCCGGUGAUGUGUGUAGAUGGAACUUUUCUAACUGGGAGGUACAAGGGACAGAUUCUGACAGCAAUUGGAGUGGAUGGCAACAAUCGAUGUGUGCCUCUCGCAUUUGCAUUUGUUGAGAGCGAGAACACUGCUAGCUGGUUAUGGUUCUUCAGGCAGUUAAAAAAAUCGAUAGUGAAAGAUCGCGAAAAUGUGUGCGUGCUACAUGACAGGCAUGCAGGUAUACUUGCGGCUAUCAAGACUCUGGUAGAAGCCGGACCUGAUGAAGAGACGCCAUGGCAGGAUAUGCAGAGUAGGUGGUGCAUGCGCCACCUGGGGGCCAAUUUCUUCUCGCAGUUUAGGAGCAAGGGUCUUAUGAAUCUGUUCAAGAAGUUGUGCAAGCAGAAUCAAGCAUGCAAGUACACUUUUCUCCGCGGCAAGCUGGAUGAGUUCACUAAGGACCAUGUGCGGCACAGGUUAGCCGCCCGAGCUGCAUUAGUAGCAGCUCAUGCAGCAGCUGUGGCACAGGGUACACAGGUUCCAGUAGGCCCCGAGCCAGAUCCUAUUGGGCUAUGUGACCUGCCUGGAUUUGACCCACCCAAUACUAGAAGGAGGCCUGGACGACGGAUUAAAAAUUUUGCAGAGUGGAUAGAGCACGAGCCAUUAGAAAGGUGGUCUUUGCUGCAUGACACACAUGGAGCAAGGUAUGGUGUGAUGACUACCAACCUAGCUGAGUCAUACAACUUCGUGCUUAGGGGAAAUAGGGCAUUGCCGCUGACAGCCCUUGUGGAGGGUAUUUUAUAUGGCACUAUGAAUUAUUUCAAAGAGAGACGGGAGUUGGCUUUGAACCAUAUGCUUGAAAAUCCAAACACUCCUUACUGUAAGGCCAUUAUGGAAUAUAUGGAUGUCAAGAUGGAGAAGGGUAUGUCACACACUGUUCUGGCCAUCGGUAAUCAGGAAAGGAGGUUUGAGGUGCGCUUACCAACCGACAAGUUUGGUUGUGUGAAUGCGGUGAGAACACAUGAGGUCAGAAUUGGAAAUGAAGAAUGGCCAUCGUGUGACUGCACAUGCAACAAACCGAGGUUGCUUCACCUUCCAUGCUCCCAUGUGCUGGCAGCUACCAGACAACUAGGGCUGGACUCAAUCUCUUUCGUCUCUCCAUAUUACGCGAAAGAGGCUGUGCUGCACACCUGGACCGGCGAGAUGGUCGGAUACAGAGUUGUGGGAAAUUUUACUACGGUGAUACCAAAUGAAAGACGGUACAUCCCUGACCCAAGAUCAUUGCGGACGAACAAGAGGUCGACGGGAGACAAGGCGCAUUAG